AUGGCAGACACCGACGCGUCGACGGAAGCGAAUCUCAACAGGAGCGAGGAGGGCCUCAUCAAAAACGAAGCAGAAACCCCAGAGUAUGCAGUGAAUGCGGGAGAUGACGUCGCAGACGAGCAAUUGACCAAAGCCCAGGCUCUCCUGCUGGUGUGCGCUCUAGGUCUUUCAACCUUCAUUGCGGCUCUCGAACAAACUAUCAUCUCAACUGCUUCACCAACAAUUUCGAGAUCUUUUCAUACCAGUGAACUGGAUUUCACUUGGAUAGGAACAGCCUAUCUGCUUUCAGCUGCUGCUUCGACUCCGCCAUGGGGCAAAAUAAGUGAUAUCUUCGGCCGCAAGCCAAUACUGAUGGUAACCAUCAUCGUGUUCUGGAUUGGGUCCCUGAUCGGCGCAUUGAGCGUCAACAUAAACAUGUUGAUUGCGGCACGUGUCCUCCAAGGCAUUGGUGGUGGAGGCAUCCUGGGUUUGUCCGCUACAAUCAUUGGAGAUGUCUUUAGUCCGCGUGAGCGAAGUAAGUACUUUGGCGUGCUUGGCGUCGUCUGGGGAAUGGCUUGUGGGCUAGGGCCAAUCAUUGGCGGCGCAUUCUGUCAGUAUGUGAACUGGAGAUGGUGUUUCUGGAUUAACUUACCCGUGGCGGGCGUGGCGGGAGUUCUCUGCUUGUUAUUCCUUAAAGUGGAGAGCCCUCGAACGCCUAUCUGGGAAGGAUUGAGGGCUAUGGACUGGCUCGGAACCACUCUGAUCGCGGGUGCCACCGUGAUGUUUCUGCUUGGACUGGGAUACGGCGGGGUCACGUAUCCCUGGCACUCGGCUAUCGUCAUUUCUCUUAUUGUAUUCGGCAUUGUCACGCUCUUCGUCUACACUCUCGUUGAGUGGAAGAUUGCCAAGUACCCCAUCACACCGUUACGCUUAUUCAAAUCAAUCUCUAAUGUUGCCACGUUUGGAAUCGCCUACCUGCAUGGUGCCGUCUACAUCGCGAAUUUCUACUACCUACCGUUGUAUUUCCAGGCCGUCCUGGGCGCGUCUCCCAUCUUGUCCGGCGUCUAUCUUCUCCCCGUCGCUGUCACCUUGUGCGUUGCAUCUACUCUAACAGGUGUCUACAUCAGCAAGACUGGUCGCUACCGCCCACCUAUCUACUUCGGCCUCAUCAUGAUGAUUCUUGGUGACGGUCUGUACACCGACCUACAACCGUACACGUCGUGGUCGCGCAUAAUAUUUUUCCAGAUCAUCGCAGGUGUGGGCCUUGGACCCUUGUUUCAGGCGCCUAUCAUCGCGGUGUUUAGUUUGACCAAGGCAGCCGACAUCGCCAGUUCCGCGGCUACGGUGUUUUUCAUGCGUGAUAUCGCGACUGCCAUGUCCAUCGUGUUUGGUGGGGUUAUCUUUGAGAAUCGCAUUAACGCGCAUGCGAGUGAGAUUGAUGCUGCGGUGCCUGCUAGCCUGGCAGCGCAAAUCGCAGGAGGUGAUGCUACGAGUGUCACAGAUGAUAUUCGCGCCUUGUCAGCGGAUGCACGCACUGUCGUUGCAGAGGUCUACACCAAGGCCCUCCAGGACGAAUGGAUAUUUUACACGGCUCUGUCUGCUGGGGCUCUUGUGCUAAGUGUGCUGAUCAGUAAACAAGUGUUGAGCCGCGAGCAUAAGAUCAAUAAGCAGGGAUUGGAUGUACAGGAGGCUAGUCGACUGGAAGAGCUAAUCAUGGCGAAUGGGGACAAGACUGACACGACUUCAGCCUGA